AUGCCUGCAGCAGUCGGAGCUUGUCAGCACGCAGCACCUCGGCGGCCACGUAUUGCCGUGACUCUGGGUGAUCCAUCUGGUAUUGGCCCGGAGCUGGCUGCCAAGCUACUGAGCAAUCCUGCAAACCUCCAGAGAGCCGAUAUCGUCCUUCUGGCAGACAAUACUGAGUUACAGUCUGCCAUUCAGGAUGCGGGCAAUGUCCAAAUUGCAGUGUCUAGCGGCCGAGCUGGUCCUCAGGGAAUUCAAGUGUUGGAUGACAGCAGUGUCUCUCAGUACCCUUCAACCAGGGGCGAAGUCUCGAAGGCCAGCGGCGCUCGCUGUAUCCAUCAGCUGAAGAGGGCUCUGAAGCUGGUUCAGGCCGGCGAGAUUGACGGCAUUGUCUUUGCACCACUCAACAAGAGCUCGCUUAAGCUUGCCGGCAUGACCGAGGAGGACGAACUCCGCUGGUUUGCGAAACAACUGGAUUUCAAAGGGACCACUAGUGAGAUCAACAUUGCAGGUCCGCUUUGGACCGGCAGAGUGACGAGUCAUAUCGGACUAGAGGAGGUUGCUGAGCGCAUCACCAAGGAGUCGACACUUAAGGCUAUCGAGUUAUUGCAAAGACUGAGGUAUGAAUGCUAUCUACUGAUUACGUUAAUCCACUAUCAAGAGUCAUGA